GGAGAAGACGCACACGAAAGUUGCAUGUCUUGUGCUUCUGCAGACGAACUCGCUGGCGCCGGAGAAAUUACAUAAUUCUUCCAUUCUCUAGUGUCGUGAUUAAUGGUUAACGCUGCUGGCCGGUCAAUGCGAAGUGUUUACGAAGACUGCGGAUAAGUGAUGACUGAUAAAGAUUCCUAAACAAAUGCGAACCACAAGCGAAAGUGCAGCAAAGGAAAAUAGUGCGUAGAAACCGUGCGUCCGAGAUUCGUUUGGCAGCAAUGUACGGUCAGAUAUUCCUUCCAUCUAGCGCCAACGCGAAUUGAGAUGCAGUGACGAGAAAACAUCGAAGUUAUUCUGCUACUUUACUUCCCGCGUCGAAAAGAAACGUAACAUUCCGUACUGCCAUAGUUAGGAGCAGUGGCCAUUCCCAGUCAGUGUUGGACAGGAAGUAGAUUUGCCAAACUAAACGAAAAAGGUUUCAAAGCACGAACACACAUCAUCAGCAUGGACCGGUUAGGAAUUUCACCGCUAGGAUCCACCCCCGCUGCUGGUCAAUUCCGUAAUCCGUUCGGGUGGAGGCCAUGGAUGGAGCAGCAUGGGGCCGCCGCGGCCGCUCCCGGUGCCAAGGGACUGAAGGGUAUCGUAGCUGGUGGCAUCACAGGUGGUAUCGAGAUCUGCAUCACCUUCCCGACGGAGUACGUCAAGACGCAGCUGCAGUUGGACGAGAAGGGUGCGACCAAGCAGUACAACGGCAUCAUGGAUUGCGUGAAGAAGACGGUCAAAACAAACGGCGUCCUCGGAUUGUACCGUGGUCUCAGUGUGCUGCUCUACGGUUCCAUCCCAAAGUCGGCCGUGAGAUUCGGGGCAUUCGAGAGCCUCAAGGGUCGACUGAUGGAGCCUAACGGGCAGCUGAGCACAUCCGGCAAGCUGCUGGCGGGCCUGGGUGCCGGUGUGGCCGAAGCAAUCCUGGCCGUCACGCCGAUGGAGACGGUCAAGGUGAAGUUCAUCAACGACCAGCGCAGUGCGACGCCCAAGUUCAAGGGAUUUUUCCACGGUGUCGGCAUGAUCGUGCGCCAGGAGGGCCUGUCCGGGGUGUACAAGGGGCUAACGGCGACUAUCAUGAAGCAGGGCUCAAACCAAGCGAUCCGCUUCUACGUCAUGGAAUCGCUCAAGGACGUGUACAAGGGAGGCGACCAGUCGAAGCCGGUACCAAAGAUGGUGGUCGGUGCAUUCGGUGCCGUCGCCGGGGCCGCGUCCGUGUUCGGUAAUACACCGAUCGACGUAGUGAAGACGCGCAUGCAGGGUUUGGAAGCGGCCAAGUACAAGAACACCAUGGACUGCGCGAUGCAGAUCUGGCGCAACGAGGGCCCGGCCGCCUUCUACAAGGGCACCGUGCCGCGUCUCAGUCGCGUCUGUCUGGAUGUUGCGAUCACGUUCAUGAUCUACGACUCGUUUAUGGAUCUGUUCAACAAGUUCUGGCGCUAGUCGCCCGCCAUUGAGUGUGACUCAUGCGGGAACAUUUCCGAGCUACCACGUUUUGUGCCCAUCAUCAUCAUAAUAUCGACAACAUCGCGUCCUACACAAACAGCAUGAUGACAAACGCGUUGUCGGACCAACAGAUAAGCAGAAACAACAGCGAGCCCGAGUAGGCGUCGUUACUCGGGGAAAGGUACGCAAUACGGCGAACGACAUUCCGGAGUACAUUCAGGGAUUUUUUGGACGACGGGUAAAAGGCAAAACGAAUAGGCGAUGGCGGUCAUCAAUCUUCCUCUAAUGGUCUCGAUAUCAUCAACACCCGUUUUCCGCCUGUUCCCGAUAGGGGGCCUCCCAAUGACACACGAACUAGAGUUACAAAACAAUAGCGUCGCACAGAAUUUACCAUGUAGGUUUCAAUGUGUAGGCACAACUUAAAUGCAACGACUGUCGCUUACAAUAAUAUAAGUACUAGUGUCCACCCGUUGUUAGGGAAAACGGGGAGGAAAAAUCUAUACCAUCCGUGAU